AUGUUGACUGAGCAGAUCAUGCUGGAGGAAACGCAAGAUCGUUUGCUCAUCGGUUUCAGGCCACUUCUGUCGAAGUAUGCGCUUGGUCAGGAUGUAUGGAUGGACGUAGCCAUGAAGCUGUUCGCCGUGGCCUUGGUCUCGUGUGUCUCGAUGGCUGAUGCCUGGAAGUGGGCUAUCGCCUUCAGUUUGGUCAUGGCUGUGCUGGUUGCGAUGUGCCAGCCAUACAUGGAGCCGCAGGUCACUCAACUUCAGAGUUUGAGCUGCUUUUGCUUGGCAUUGGCGUCCGUGGCUUUUGUCUACGACUGGGAUUGGUUAGCCAGAUUGACUUUGGUGACGCCGAUGAUGUUGAUGCUUUGGCAGGUACGCUGUCCCGACUGCACGGAGGCCUUGGCCGAAAGGUUGUUCCAGGACAGGCGUUGGACGGGGCAGGAGCUGCAGUCGGAGCUGCCAAAGCUGCAGCGAGGAGAACAUCACGAGCUGCUGCCCAAGGCUUUGAGCAAAGGCUUUGCCGACACGAACGAUAUGGCAGCGCGACGAACCUGCUUGGGCUCAAAAAUGGAAUG